GCUGCCAAGAGGAGCCUGGAGGAGUUCCAGGCCCAGCUGUGGGAGCAGCACCAGGCGGCGGUCCAGCAGGCCGCGCAGGCGGCGGAGGCGGAGGCGCGCGCGGCCCUGGCCGAGGAGGAGCCCGGACACGCUGGCGCGGACCUUGUCAUAGAUGACGAGCAAGACGAUCAGCAGUAG